UGGAGCGCCGAUUGAGAGUGUGCAGGACGCUCCGGGAGGAGGGGGGCGGGGGGAGCAGCGCCGCGGCCGCCGCCGCCUCCGCCUCCUCCGCCUGGGACGAAGGGGUGGGGGACGGACGAGCCCCGAUGCCGGGGGAGACAGAAGAGCCGAGACCCCCGGAACAGCAGGACCAGGACGGGGUAGAGGCGGCGGCGGCCAAGGCGGCUCCAGAGGAGCUCCAACAACAGCCCCCUGAGGGGGCGGCGGCGACGCCGCCUGCGGGGGCCACUAGCAGCCGCGUGCUGAGGGGAGGACGGGACCGGGGCCGGGCCGCUGCGGCCGCCGCUGCCGCGGUGUCCCGUCGGAGGAAGGCCGAGUAUCCCCGCCGGCGGAGGAGCAGUCCCAGCGCCAGGCCUCCGGAUGCCACAGGGCUGCAGUCCCAGGCCGUGAAGCCCCCAUCUCCAGCUCAGGGCAAGAAGAGUCCGCGACUCCUAUGUGUAGAAAAAUUAACAGACAAAGAUCCCAAGGAAGAGAAAGAGGAAGAAGACGAUUCUGUCCUCCCUCAGGAAGUUUCCGUCACUACAACUAGGCCUAGCCGGGGCUGGCGCAGUAGCAGCAGGACGUCUGUCUCACGGCAUCGAGACACAGAGAACACCCGGAGCUCUCGGUCCAAGACUGGUUCGUUGCAGCUCAUCUGCAAGUCAGAACCAAAUACAGAUCAGCUUGAUUAUGAAGUUGUAGAAGAGCAUCAAUCUGCCGGUGGCAUUAGUAGUGAUGAGGAGGAGGAGGAAGAGAUGUUAAUCAGUGAAGAGGAAAUACCAUUUAAAGAUGACCCAAGAGAUGAGACCUACAAACCCCACUUAGAAAGGGAAACCCCAAAGCCACGGAGAAAAUCCGGGAAGGUGAAAGAAGAGAAAGAGAAGAAAGAGAUUAAAGUGGAAGUAGAGGUAGAGGUGAAAGAAGAAGAAAAUGAAAUUAGGGAAGAUGAAGAACCUCCCAGGAAGAGAGGAAGAAGACGAAAAGAUGACAAAAGUCCACGAUUACCCAAAAGGAGGAAAAAGCCUCCAAUCCAGUAUGUGCGUUGUGAGAUGGAAGGAUGUGGGACCGUUCUUGCUCACCCUCGCUAUUUGCAGCACCACAUUAAAUAUCAGCAUUUGCUGAAGAAGAAAUACGUAUGUCCUCAUCCCUCUUGCGGGCGACUCUUCAGGCUCCAAAAGCAACUUCUGCGACAUGCCAAACAUCAUACCGAUCAAAGGGAUUAUAUUUGUGAAUACUGUGCUCGCGCCUUCAAGAGUUCUCACAAUCUGGCAGUGCACCGGAUGAUUCAUACAGGCGAGAAGCCGUUACAAUGCGAGAUCUGUGGAUUCACUUGUCGGCAAAAAGCAUCCCUUAAUUGGCACAUGAAGAAGCAUGAUGCAGACUCCUUCUACCAGUUCUCUUGCAAUAUCUGUGGCAAAAAAUUUGAAAAGAAGGACAGCGUAGUGGCACACAAAGCAAAAAGUCACCCUGAGGUGCUGAUUGCUGAAGCUCUGGCUGCCAACGCAGGCGCCCUCAUCACCAGCACAGAUAUCCUGGGCACUAACCCAGAGUCCCUGACACAACCUGCAGAUGGUCAGGGUCUUCCUCUUCUUCCUGAGCCUUUGGGAAACUCCACCUCUGGAGAGUGCCUCCUGCUAGAGGCUGAAGGGAUGUCAAAGUCAUACUGUAGUGGGACAGAACGGGUGAGCCUGAUGGCUGAUGGGAAGAUCUUUGUGGGAAGCAGCAGCAGUGGGGGCACUGAAGGGCUGGUCAUGAACUCAGAUAUACUCGGUGCUACCACAGAGGUUCUGAUUGAAGAUUCAGACUCUACCGGACCUUAGUAGAAGGGAAGACUUUAGGCACUGGGACAGCUCAGACUUUGUACUUAAAAGAUAAAAAGGACAAAAAAAAUUUAAAGCAUUUAAGAUCUAGUGAAAUAACUGAAGGGCCUGCUCUUUCCAAUGUGGAUCACAGCACACACACACACACAUACACAAACACCUACAGACACACCCACACCCUCCUUCCCUUCUCCCUCUCCUGACCCCUUUAUAAAAUUGAUGUUGCCUUUAUCAGAAAAGUAGACAAAAAAAUAAGCUCUUAAAGUGAGGGUGAUCCUCAUGCUCAGUUCCAGCCAGGCAGACUUCGUGCUCAUUAGCAGAUCCCCUUUUCCAACCUAUAAUUCUUAUAUGCUUUGGAUCAGCUUUUAACUGAGUAGUAUAUACUGUCCUAUAAAUCCCUUCUCCUUUACUGCUGCCCUAUGGUCUGGCUUCUACCCACUGCAGCACACUUAUCCUCAAAGUAUCAUCUAAUUCUAAUCUCUGGAGGCUGGCAGCUUGACUUGGCACUUUAGAGCCCCUUAGCAGGGUGAGCUGUUAAAACAGCACACAUCUCUGACCCCCUUUUCCUCUGUUCCUCACUGGGUUUUUGAAAGGAAGGAUACAUGGGGACCACUUUGACCCCAGCACCUCAGUCCUCCUCCCAACACCUCCAUAUGGUUCUCAGUGGUGCUCACUUGUUUGGAAGCAGGCUCCCAGCAGGGAGGGGACUGCCCUCUACAUGGUCUCUGACCAUAGGACAGGGAGGGCUGUGUAUCAGUAAGACAAAAAAGUCCCAGUCUAAUGGCAGAAAUUUGCACUUUGAACAUGUGUGUUUUUGUGUUGUGGAACCUGAGAUUCCUUAUUUAUUAACGGAAAGUCUGAUUUUUUGUCUUUGUUGCUAUAUUUUGUGGGGCUGGGAGAGAUUAGAUUAUUCUGACGUGGGGUCCUUUUCCGUAAGAGGUACUUUUGAAGGUAAGAUAGAUAUAGGGUUGAAGAAGCACAGCCAGCCUCUAAAAUCAUAGCUCUCCAGUGGCCUUUAAGCUGGUCCUCAGCACUAAUAAAAUCACUACAGUAGCUUAGUGCUUUUUUGGAAGGCUUUUUAGGGAAGAAUGUUAGAUUUAUGGUGUAAUUAGUGCUCUGUGAAUUUUUAAAGCAUUGAAAUUUAGGAAUUUUGAGGGGAUGAAGAAGGUGGUUCAGGGUCUGAAUUACAGAUAAAAGAUUUUCUCUUGCAAAUUUUUUUUUAAAUUUUUAUUUUGUUCCCAUCAUUUCUUUACAUACACCUCCCUUUUGGCCCAACUCUGGCCCCUUGCUUUAUUUUUGUUUUUGCUUUGCUUUGCUUAUCAUUGGUUCAUUCCAGCUCCCGAUUAGUGAAGGACACUGCCAUUAGUGAAGGAAUAGUCUAGGAGUUGUACAGUUUUAAUUAAAAGAAAACUGCUCUGUCAUGUUUCCCUUUCAGUAACACCUGGGAAGAGGAAAGCCUUCAAUAUUCAAUAGACAAAAUUAAUAAUAUAAUAAUAGCUUUGUCUUCCCCCUGAAAUCUUGGGAUUUUAUUACCACUUCCCUUGAGAUAGGGAUAUUCAUGGGUUGGAUUGCUUAUUACUGUCCAUAAAAGAGACUGGUAUAAGUUCAUAACUCCCAGAAGAUGAAAAGCCUAUUUUGGCUCAUUUUUAGGGAGUUCCUGCCCUGUGUACCUCAGAAGCUGGAAUUUGUGGCUUGCCCUAUGCAUUGUUAGAAAUGUACGAUGGCUGUUGGAAAGAAGGAUGUUCUGCUGAGAACAAAAUAAGGAACAGCUUGUUUUUCACAAACACUAAAACUACAAAGCGUGUUAAUUUUCUCUGAUUUUUUUCCCCGGAGAAGAGGGGUAACAAAAUGUCAUCUGUGAAAGAGGCUUACUUUACACCCACUAGUGUCAGUGGUUGGGAUGCCAGGAGUAGGGAGUGCAACACCCACAGUGAACAGUGUCAAAUGUCCUAUUGUUUCUUUUCAGAGUGUUGCAGAUUUGCCAUCCCUCCAGUGUGGGGGUAGAAAAUGGAAUAAAGAUAGAAGGGAUGUAGAAUAUGCUUUCCUGCCCACAGUAAGGA